UGAGCGUGCCCGGGCUUGAAAUCGCAUCACAGCUGUGCGGUGCUUAUUCUACGCUAUGCAUUGGGCCCUUCAGACUAAAAAAAAGUGUUCACAGGUUGGCAACGCUGGUCUUAUUUCGUCCAAUAUCCACAAUAUCACACAAGAUUGCAAGUAUCCUAACCUAAAUACCCGAUUAGUCAACUUUAACGAUUAAAAAUACAUCAAUAUCUAAGGUGAAAGAUAUUAAACUGUAUAAUUACUUUUCUUUAUUGAACGAUUUGUUAUUAAACAAAAUUUAAGAUUGUUCCAGUUAUUUGUAUUAUCAAACAUACUAUUUAAUUCAUUGUUUUAUAUGAAGAUUUAAAUUCUGUGAUCAUGUCAGUGUUGGAAAAUAAAAUUUUAGGGGAAAAAUUGCAGUAUUAUUGUAGCAGUUCUAGCGACGAAGAAAAUGAUGAAGAUUCUAAAGAUUCUGAUAAAGAAUGUAACGAUAUAAAAUACACCGAUGACACUGAACAAUAUAUUGCACCUUCAUAUUCAGAAUGGGAUGGAACUUCUAGUAACACAGGACCUAAAGGUGUUAUAAAGGAUUGGCAACGAUAUAAGCAAUUAGAAGCAGAAAAACGAGAAUCACAAGAGAAAGAAAGGCUGCAAUUAAUUAAAAAAUUGAGUUUAACUUGCCGCAGUGCUUUGGAUGAAGAAAAGGAAGAACUAAGUGAGACAGAUCCAGAGUUGGCAAAUUUAUUAAGUGAUGAAUUCCUUCUAGAAUAUCAGAGACAGAGAAUGAAAGAAAUGCUUGCCAAAACAGAAAAACUUUGUUUUGGGAAAGUUAUAGAUUUAAAUAAUACAGAUCAGUUUCUGCAAGCUAUUGAUGGAGAAGAUAAAUCAGUGACUGUUAUCAUUCAUAUUUAUGAGGAUAAUGUAUCUGGUUGUGAAGCUAUGAAUGGAUGUCUGAUAUCUCUUGCAGAAAAACAUUCUUAUGUAAAGUUUUGUAGAAUUUUAGGUUCGAUUGCAGGUCUCAGCAACCAAUUCAAAAAAUUUGGUAUACCGACAUUGCUAGUGUAUAAAAAUGGACAGGUGAUAGGAAACUUUGUCCAUGUCACAGAUCAACUAGGAAUAGAUUUUUACUCGUCGGAUGUGGAAACAUUCCUUAUCGAGCAUGGAAUUCUCAAUGAUAAAAGUUACAUGCCACUUAUUUCGAAAAAUGACAAUGGAGUUUUCAAUAGCGAAUAAAAAAAUCACCGUUAUUUUUACAUUAAUCUACUAAUAUAUUUUAAGUUGAAAAAAAUUUUCUAUAAUUAAAAAUUGUAAACUUGUAGAAUAUUUAUUAAGAGCUAAUCGAUAUAUAGAUUACAAAACAAA